AUGCUGGGGCACGUAGUCGACCUCGCGUUGGACCAAGGCAUGUCGUGCUUCCACAUCUUCCGAUCUCUAGCUGACUCUCGGCCGUUCCACCCCUCACUGCCCCAGGUCAUACUUGGGUUCCCGACCUCGAAAAACGAACACGCCCCAAUCUCCUCCCGCAUCUCCGCCCGCACGGGUCCCGACAAGUUCGCGGACCUCGUCGUUCACAUUGCACCCUUGCUCCAAACUCUCCGUUCCGACGGCGCAGGCCUCAGCGCGCCACCACUCGCGGUCGCCCCCCGGCUCCUCUCCGCUUCACCGCCUUCCACUGGGGGCGCUGCGAGGGGGACGUUCCGGGUGCCACACGCCGUCGCCGCACUCUUUCGCGACAGCGUCGUCCCCGCAACGUGUGGCCGCGCAAGGGUGUCCACGCGAUCCUCGAAGAUGGCGCUCCGCAGGCUCCGCGUCCUCGACGUCUCUCCUCCUGAUCGUGUCUUUCACCCACUCACAUACUUGGUCUCUUCAACGUCUGUCGUCGCUAUGGACAAUAAAACCGCCUUCAGAAUUCUUCAGAGUAGAUGGGCGGUGGUCGCGGUCAUCGUCGUCACCUCCUAUGACUACUUACUCACACUUGACCGCGAGGUUCAGUACGUCUGGAGGAAGACUACGAGUGCAAGCGCGAUCUAUAUCGCCAUACGUUACUCCUGUUUGGCCUCCAACAUCCUCACCCUCCUCACUUUCUUCCCAUUCCCGGGCAAAUCAACACCAAAGUACGCGCCUAUUUGCGCCUCAGCGCACACACUGAUCAGCUACGGCCUCGCAGGUGUUGCAUACUUCGCUAUUCUCCUCGUUUGCAACGUCAUCAACCUUGUUUUCAUCAAUACUGUCGAGGUCUUACUCGAUCUCAUUGGUGCAAUGAGCGCGCACGUUUUCCUGACAUUCCUCUUCGUCUCCUCCGCUGAUGACUUCCCGGUACAGCGCGACGGCGUCUCGACCAUGCACAGCGUGCUCGCAUUCCGAUCCAUUGACGGUCUCAGCACCGCUAGUCAUUCUCAAGGAUUUUUCGCCGCCGAUAUCACCUGGCGGAGUGCAGAAGACAGCGAAAGCGUCUGUAGCACCAGGCACGGCGACGGCUACGAGCUCCAGGCGAACCCGGGCCGGGGGGAGUAA